CUCGUCACUUUGACCGAAUUUUCAUGUGACAAGACAAAGAUCAAAGAAUUAGAAAGGAAAAAGUCGAAAUUUUCAUUUACGAGGAAAGAGAAAUUCGAGACUUUUUUUUUUCGGUCCUUUCCCUUCUGGCUUGAGAUUUCGGGCUGUGCGAUGAAGUGAACGCCUCUGAAAUCUGACAUCCUUUCUGAACUUCCUGUCUUUCAUCUUCAACUGCGACCUCUCUACUCUCUCUCUUCUCUCCCGCAUACUCUUCUUCUCCAUCUCGAUAUAGCUCUUAUAACAUUCGGUAAUCCUGUGAACGUGACGACGAUUCGACAUUUCGGCUAGACGGGAAAAGGCCGGUUUGUGUAUUCCCCCAAUUCUCUCAAUCCCCAACACGUCUCACUCGAACAUUUUGAUUACAUACGCAUUCCAUCGAAAUUUCACAAGGUCACACCUAAUCUUUGUCUCAUUCUCUUCAUCGUCUCUCAUCUUCACUUUUCAGGAGUGAAGGGGUUUGAGAGAUGAGCGGUGAACUCGACGAUAUUCGCAAACCUUCUGCAAAUGAUGUUCACCCAGUACAGACAACGCCUCAGAUGAUACCCAACAAUGAACCACAUAAAGACUUUCCCCUUCCUUCCCUCUUUGAACCAUGCCAACAUGGUCAUGGUGACGAUGAACAUCAACAUGCUAUCGACUUACUUCAGUUCGCCUCUGCGAAGCCACCAAACCCACCCAGACACUCAGCGCCCGCUGUUGUACCCUCUUCAAUGCCGAACGGUCAUCCCGCUUCGUCCCUUACGGCCUCGCGGCCUCCUCAAGCCAAUGGCCUGGGUAUCAACGGGGUCGGACCUCCAGGCAAAGCGAGAAGGAUGAGUUCUUCCACUCAAGGAGCUCUGGCAAGGGGAAAGUUGGGUUUGACGGGAGAAUUGUCCAAUGGGAAGGAUAUUCGUCCUCCUGGUGCUACCCUCGUAUCUCCCGCAACUGCCUCUUCGACACGUAUUGGCGCUCGAGUCGGUACAUCACCCACUCCUCAACUCUUCGACUUCUCCAAGACUGAUCGUAAUCGUGUCGGUUCGGGCGGACGUACAGUCUCAGCCUCAGCUGUACCGGCUUCGUUACCUGUUCGCGGUCCUCUAGCACGUCACGUCCAAAGCCCACCGUUAGACGAUAUGGAAUUUGACAUGGAAUUCGAGGACGAUGAUGACGGUGAAGUAGAAGGGGGCAGCGGGAGGAGUGGGAGUGCCGAGAUGGAAGAUGCGGACGUGGAUAUGGGGGACUUGCAAAGCCUGGCGCUGGGCACUGGUAGCGGCGGAAUUAAGGGUAGACGGAAAGGUCACAUUUACAAGUGUCUCGACUGUGGAAAGCAAUAUAGACACCCCAUUUGUCUCACCAAACAUCGAUGGGAACAUACGCCGUUUUGGAAAGAACCCAAUCAGCUUAGCAUGAGCAAACAUCAACAGGUUCAAGCCCUUGAGGGAGCUGCUAUUCUACUUCAUAUGAACCCUGCUCUUGCAGCAGGACGAUCCCUUCCUGUCGACAAGUCCCUCUGGCCCGCCAUCUUAUCACCUGCAGGUGAAAACGUCCCUCUACCAGGUCGUCGUGCUUCUCGCGAUGCCUCCAUCUCUGCCCGAUCUCCCCCUUCUUCCGUCCUCCUCCCUCUCACACCUUCAUCCCUCCGAGAACCUUCCUCCUUCGGGGGAUUAUCAAACAAAGACAGAAAAUCCUCUCCUUCGUCAGAUACGACCACAUCCAGUAUGGGAGCUUCUGAACCAAUUGUCCCCCGUCCUAAUCCUGCUCAAUCAGACGUACUCAAUUCAAGCAUACGAACAAUCCCUGUAGGGAUCAAACCUCGUUCAACAUCUAUCGUCAGUGGAAUGGGAUUAACAGGUAUCAGUCCACAUUCUCAAUCAGUAGGAUCAUUACCAAACGCAAUGGCUGGUUUACAUUUCCGUCCAUAUCCUACUCCCUCGUCAGGAAUGGGUUAUAGUCCUGUGCCUGAUAGAGGAAUACCAAUGUCUUUAGGUGCUAGGGCGGGGUUAAUAGGAGGUGGAAUGUUUUCAGUUAGAGAAGGACAUAAGUUGUCUAGUGUGAGAAGUGGAGUGAGAGGAACGGGAGAUGAAAAGGAAGACGAAGGAGUUGAUUAUGGUAUGGCGGGGGAUAUGGAGUUAUGAGAGAAAGUUUUCUUCCUUUUGUUUUUCUCUUGGUGGCAUUGGAGUGGGAUUUGGUUCUUGAUACUUUUUCAAGGUAUUUUAUACUAUGUCGACCCAACGGUUUUUUUGUCCACGAAGAGGUACAAUGGUGGAUGAUACAAAGGUAUUGAUGAGGAAUGAAUAGGAAUGUCCAAGAAGAGAGCAAGAGAAGGGAAUGCCAGAAGGAAUGAGAUACGAGCUAGGAAGGGAAAUGUCAGAGGAAAGAUUAGUUUGUACGGUGUAAGUGAGGAAGCAUGCUACGAAU